AUGCAUGGAAGUCCAGAGCCCGACAUUUCUGUGAAAACAUACCAGGUAAGGUAUCUGCGAAGAACGCUCAUCUUCAGGUUAUGUUGAUCACAUUGUCCUUGUUGAUAUCUCUGGGAAGUGCCGUUUUCAUCGUUUGGACUUUUUUCGUAGAAAAGGCAAGUUAUCCAUCAACCACAUUUAUUGUAUUCAAGGGUCUGAAAUCUGAAUUAAAAGAAGGAAAAAGAAGAAUCGAGGAUGACAUGCUCACUUAUCCACGAUGUAGAACGGCGGUUGAAGAAUACGGUAUGGAGGUAGUAACCCCUUGGAAAGAUUAUUUUACUCGAGAACAAAAAGCAUUCCGAACAGACUCAGAAUAAACAACAAGUGUUUUUGUGGGUGUAAUUGUGUGAUAAAGUGGUUCUUGUUCCACAGAUUCUUUCAGAACUUGUUGUUUUAAACAAUACAUUAUCUAUGUUUCACUGAUAAAUGGCCUGAUAAUGGGUGAUAUCUGUCCAACUGUCCCGCCUCUCCAUUCCCCUUCCCCGUUUGUUUUUUCGAUCCCCGACGGUCUAUUUUAUCAAAUACAUAUAUGUUGUAUACAUAUUUGUACUCCACUUUACCUAGCAAAAUAUGAUCUAUUACGGGUUUUGGAAUCGCCUCCGCCUUGGGUUACUGUAUUUUCUCAUCGGAUCGGCACUAAUUGGAUGGAGUUUGGACAACGAGGAAGGAGAGAGUAGCCUCAGGGGUUAGAAAUCUUUAUCGAAACGGCCAACAAAAAGUGGUAUUAUAUUAUUAUAUCCGUUGUUGCUUCAUGUAAAUAAAAUUAAUUAUUGCAAUGUUUGAUUGUCACAACCGUAAGAACAUCCCAAAAAUGAGGGGAGAAUACAGUAAGAUUAAAUCGAAACAUAAAAGCAUUCAAAUUCCAAAAAGUCAGCUAUUCAUUAAAACUUCCCUCGAAAUGCCGACCUUCAACUGCUUGAGAUCAUAUCAUUUCUUUUGUUUUUCUUUGCCGUUCCUCCAAUUGUCAAUGAAAUGACAAUCUGAGUUUGUAUAUCUUCCAAAUCUGGAGGUCACUCCCAUUUAAAAUACAAGUUUCGCUUUGUUUAUAAGGCCACGUCUUCUCUGACAGCUGAUCGUUUCGAAUAAUGGUGGUCUUAAUUUUAUUUGUAACCAGUCUAGUUACUGCCCAGAGGGUUUAUUUAGAACCAGGAAGACGGGCUUCCUGGGAAACAGAUAACCCCAAUGAUGGACCUGAUUAUGUGCAGCCAGAACAAGUCCAUCUGUCUCUAGGAGGUGGGCUGAAUAGUCGUCCUUUACGAAUGUUUUCUCUUAGAUAAUUCGGCUGAAUAUACGGUAACUUGGAUCACUUUUUCCGAUACGAAGUCAUCGUAUGUGGAAUGGUCAGAAGUCUCAAAUACCAAAAGAUUGACAGCUGAAGCAAAAAUCAGCAAUUUCUCGGAGGCCGGAGUUGAUAGGUUUAUCCAUAGAGCUAUUUUGAAGCCAAUUAAUUCUGGAGUAAAGUAUGGUAAGAGCAAUCUUACGAGGGAAUGGUCUGAACUUCCCCCAGCGUUUGGGAAAAUGACUAGUACAGGUGGAUAGAGCAUGUCAACUUUGGUAAAAAGAGCCAUUUUCCAGCUGCGGAAUAAGCCCGGCCGACGAGUAAAAUCGACCGAAAGUUCCACAAAAACUUCCUCUUUCUCUUCCCUCGGAAAAGAAGAGCGGUGUCCAGUGGUUCGGUUAGCCGAGUGGAUAAAGCAUCCGCUCGGUAUUCUUUUGGGGGUUGGUUCGAUUCCGGGGUCUCGCGAAGGACCGUGAUAAGGCUUUGAUGAGCAAGAUCAAACUCUAAGAACCCAAAAAAAUAUUUUGCCAUUUUUAUACGUUUUAUAGGGGAAUUAUAACAAAAAAAUAAUUGUCAAAAAAUGAAUUUUUUGGGUGCUUCCGAACCUUCAAAGCGAUGGAACGUCGAAGUUAUACUUGUUUGGCUUUGAAAAAGGCAAAAUAAUUUUUUUGGGGUUGUUAGAGUUUGAUCUUACUCAUCAAAGCCUUAUUCCUUCGCGAGACCCCGGAAUCGAACCAACCCCCAAAAGAAUACCGAGCGGAUGCUUUAUCCACUCGGCUAACCGAACCACUGGACACUAUUCAUCUUUUCCGAGGGAAGAGAAAGAGGAAAUUUUUGUGGAACUUUCGGUCGAUUUUACUCGUCGGCCGGGCUUAUUCCGCAGCUGGAAAAUGGCUCUUUUUACCAAAGUUGACCUGCUCUAUCCACCUGUACUAGUCAUUUUCCCAAACGCUGGGGGAAGUUCAGACCAUUCCCUCGUUAGGUAUCUAAAAUAUUUAAGAGUAUCGAGUUGGUUCCGAGUACGGGAUUAGUCCUAAAUUUACAUUUACCGGACUAAAAGAACGCCCUGAAGGUGGAUAUAAAUAUGCAGUUUAUGGAGACCUCGGGAAUCGGAAUGGCCGAUCAUUGGGGCGACUCCAGAGAGGGGCUCAGGAUGGACUUUAUGAUGUCGUUCUUCAUGUAGGAGAUAUGGCAUAUGAUUUGGAUACUGUAAGAGGACAAACGGAUUACAGCAAUCUCUUAGGAAAAGGGAAAUUUUGGAGAUGAAUUCCUCCGUCAAAUCGAACCAAUAGCUGCCUAUGUUCCAUAUCAAGUUGUGCCUGGGAACCAUGAACAAGAAGGAAAUUUCAGUCAUUAUAAAAACAGGUUUACAAUGCCCAGAAGUGAACAUAACUUGUGGUAUAGGUAAGAUGACUAUUCACUAUACUUAUACAUCUCAGUUUCGAUCUGGGACCAACUCAUUUCAUCGGGUUCUCAAGCGAAGUUUACUAUUUUUGGCCUACGCUUGGUAAGAGUAUGAUGCAAACUCAAUGGAACUGGAUUGUUGACGAUCUAAAGGUGACAAUACUUUCUCAACAAUAAAUUUCAGAAAGCCAAUGAAAACAGAAAGAAUGUUCCCUGGAUAAUCACCAUGGCCCAUCGUCCAAUGUAUUGCUCCACUUUGGAUGACGACGACUGCACUCAUAUCGAAUCUAGAGUUCGGAAAGGAGAUCCUGAGGUGAAAUAAUGCACUUACUGUAGAGUAACCUUAAUUUAGACACAUGAAUAUGGGUUAGAAAAAUUAUUUUUUGACCAAGGAGUAGAUGUCAGCUUCUGGGCUCAUGAACACACUUACGAAAGGCUAUGGCCUGUCUAUGAUAGAAUUGUUUAUAAUGGAACCAAAUCCCCAUACCUAGAGCCGCCAGCUCCAGUCCAUCUGCUGAGUGGAUCAGCCGGAUGUCAAGAGAACACGGAUCAGUUUGACAAACCUGGAGUUUGGGAUGCCUUCAGAUCAAGUAACUAUGGGUUCGGGUUGAUGCACAUUUACAACUCAUCUCACAUCAACUUUAAACAAAUCAACGCCACUAAUGUGAGUUGACUAUGUACUUCUUUAUGUAAUCAUUUUAAGGGCCUGAUUGAGGAUGAGAUCUGGGUGAUAAAAGAAAAACAUGGACCUUACGACAAAGCGGACGUAAAAAAGCUGAAAAAGUUUGGAACCUAUGUUCCAUAUAACACUAAAAACCCACGUACCGAGAUAUAA